AUGUCGUUUCAAAAACAGCCAAGUUUAUUUUAUCAAGGCCCACUCAUUGUUGAUGGUUCGUUUGUUGGUGUACUAUUUUGUAAUAAACAUCAUAUUGAGUCAAUUGAAAGCGAAUUACAUAAUGUUACAAUAUCUGGGUGCGACGGAACAUUCAAAACGGUUCCCAAAACGUUGGAUAACGACUGUUAUCAAUUAUUCACCUUCCAAGUGAUACACAGAAAUGUUAGUUUUCCAAUGGUAUAUGCAAUACUUACAGGUAAAACUGAAGAAAUAUAUGUAGGGUUAUUUAAAUUUGUCCGUAACGUUUUACCACUACAAUAUGACAAAUUGACCAUCAUAACUGAUUUCGAAGUUGGACUAAUUAAUGCAAUACGAUUAGUAUUUCCAGAAAGUAGCCAUCAAGGAUGCUAUUUCCAUUAUUGUCAAUCAGUUUUACGGCACCUGAGAAAUAAAGAAUUAGGCAUAUACAAUUUGGUAAAAGCCAAUCCUAUUGCUGCCAGAAUUUUUAGAGUGGUACUUGCUCUGCCGUAUUUACCACCUAAUUCAAAUGAAAAUAGGAUUCCCAGCAUGUUAGAUGGUUUCAAUUCUAUUAUCCUGUAUAUUGUACAACAUACUGAAAUAGCCGAAUAUUUCCAUUGUUUCAUGUACCAGUAUGUAUUUGGAUAUUGGUUUGUAAGAAUGCGACCAGAAGCCUUCACUGUAUUUGACAAGGAUAUCAGGACAAAUAAUUAUCUGGAGAGCUAUCACGCAGCUCUUUUACGGUUCAUUAAACCUCACCUUAAAAUAUGGGAAUUCAUGGGUAUAAUUUAA